CCCCAGUUAGCCGCUUCUCCCGGUCCUCGACCGUUCAUCGACGAGAAGCCCAUCACGCAGGCGCACCGCGUCAUCGCGCGCUUCGAAGACAGCGCUUCUCAUAUCAUGCAAGAUGAUCCUAGCCUCCCCGUCCUUUCAACAUCGGGUCUUUAUUGGCUUAGGGUCGGAAUCUUAGGCAUUGUAUAUCCUCUUGACGAGCGCACCGUUUACGCUACCUCCUUAUGCCUUCAAGACCUCCUUACCAAGAGAUCUGUAUACCAGCGUUUAGGGUCUUAUCCACGAAUAUGCCAAUACUUUUCCUCAGUUCAACGAGGGAUUCUUCUAGAGAGAUUUGGAGAGCCAGUCCGCAAGCACCUACGGAAACUCUAUAAGCAAGGGAAGACUCCAUCACAUAAGCAGGCCCUAAAAUGCGAACUGUUUGCACUAGGAUCAACUAUCUAUAAACUCUGGACAACUACGCGGCCUUACGAAGAUGAACCCAACGACACAGUUGAGGACAGCUACAAACACCAGUGCUUUCCAGACGUUGGGACCCUUCCCGUCGCCGAAAUCAUCAAAAAAUGCUGGCAUGGCUCUUAUACCUCUGCAGAUGAAGUUGUUGCCGACCUCAUACUACAACCCAAACCAACGAACGCGCACGCGUAUUCCGAUGCCGACGAUCGACCAACUUAGUUCCUAGACGGUCAAUUGUCGUACG